AUGACACCAAUAAAUCACAUACUGCAAAACAUUGGUACACAAAUAGACUGCAACGAAUUUAUAUCAGCCGCUUUCGCAAGUGACGCAAAAAGAUGGACUGCAUUAACUCCGAAAUCGCACAAAAUAAAUCCUCCUCAAAAAUUGAAACCAGCUACUACACUAUCCUGGUCUUACGAAAAUGCAGAUAAUUUCAUGACAGCCGGAAUACACACCCCGGAGAUAAUCAAUGCACUACAAAAACAUCUCAUGUACCCGCAUGAAACUAAAACGGAUCAAGAAAAACCAAUAGGACACAUAAUUGGUCAUGAAGUAAUAAAUCAAGGAUUUGAUACUAGGAAUAUCAUCCAUUCUGAAUUACAAAAAAUUUGGGGUUGA